UCAAUUUAAGAAGUACUACAUUGGGUUAGUUGGCAAAUGGCUGCUGGUGUACAACAGCCACAAUGAUCUGAAGCCCUGGCAGACGAUCUACAUCAAGAGCAUCAAGCUCGAUCUGAGCCUGAACGAACACAUCAACGAGAAGCAUCUUUUCCAGAUUUACACGCAGAGCGACUCGAAGGUACACUUCCUAUCGCCCAGCUUCCAGGAUCUGAAUGAGUGGAUAGUGGCCAUCGAGAACAAUCUUAUCGAGGGGAAGACGAAUGAACGGGCCGAAGGAUCCAGCACUGGUUCUUCGCCUGGUGCGGCAUCAUUAAGAAAAUUGCCUCUACCGCCCUAUCCCGGCCAGAGCAGCGGUGCGGUCGAUGAAACAGAUCUGCCCAUCCCAUGUCACGAAGACGGCAUUUACGAGGAACCAGCCCUGUGCCUGAAGAAUGAACAGCAAUUAGCAUCACCCAAAGAGAAGAGCCAUGGCUACGAUACACCGAAACCGGGCGCUCCGAAGCCGGUCGAACCGGUGUCGAGUGUUACUCCAUGCAAACCGGAAGCAGUAACCAAGAAGCUGGAGUUGCCGGUGAUCGCUAGCCCCGAGUGUAAGGUAUCGCCGGCCCCAGCGGUUAACUCUAAACCGGCCAAAACGGGCUGGCUUAAGAACAAAUUCAAUCGCUCACCGAGUGAGUCCGUCGAAGGGCAGAAACCGAGCAAAAAGUCGAUGAAAAAAUUGUCUUUCGACGAGUUGCCUCCCCCGGAGGAUACGAAGGAUGUUCCGGAUGCGAAGUCACCAACGAACAAACAGCAGCCAAAUCCGAAGUUUACCCUCACGACAACGCCGGCGAAUAAGGGGGCCAAGAUCAACAUGAUUAUCAGCCAGCUGGAAGCGAACGGGCAGUUGAAUCUGUUAUCCAAGCGCCUGAACGAAAGCAGCAAAAGGUACACGUGGGCAGUGGACGAUGUGACUGGUUGACCGGUUGCUUGCGGCUGUUUUGUGAUCUAAUUACUAAUGGCGGGUGUUUGUUGACGGGACGGAUGAUUUAAA